ACACACGCACAACUGUUGGUAAUGAGCAUCCCACCCCCUACUUCCAAAGUUUCGGCCCAGUAAACCGCGUGCGUCAAAAGGCACGAUGAGCGACAUCGGAUGGCUGAGCGGCGCGCGCGCGCGCGCGCGCGCGCGCACAUACCAACUCGAAGCGCUCCGGCGGAUGAACGUCGACGGCAUCGUGGAUUCACGCGUCAGACAGUUUGCGUAGACGCGCCGCAAACCCCGAGCUCCAGAUGUCCGUGCGUCGGAAGAAAACAGCCACCCACCCACCCACGUCGGAGUGACUCACGGUUUAAAGUAGUCGAAUAAGCGGUCGCCGGUGCGGACGGGGAGAUUUCUGCGUGAGGUGAUCUGGCUCCUUUGUGCUCCUACUUAAAAGCCGUGCCAAAGCCGCGUGGUUUUAUGGGGCAGAGAGGCGUUGAGCUGCAGCCGCCACACGCACACGCAGCCGGUGACACAUAUGGACAACACGCGUGCGCAUCUUCAUUAAACGCCGCACUUUUGGCUCGCCCGAAACUUCGCUUAUCUUCCAAGUUGUCAACACGCCGACGCGGCGAUUGGCAGACGGCGAACGCACAUCGAGUUUAGCCACAGAAAGAAAAAAAAAGGACCUCUGAAUACUUUUGGCGGGGGCGGGGGGGACGUUUUCAGAAGAACCUUGUCCGCCAAGAAGAUGCGUCAGGAGGUCGUGAGGAGAGUUCAGAUGUCGCUCGUCAUGUUGUCCAUGCUGCUGCUGAGCUUGGCCACGGGAUUCCCAAGCAGACACAGGAAUGCUGCUCACAAGGGUCACGGCCACCCGCUUCCCAGCGGCGGGAUCCAGUAUGAUCCCGACGCCCUGGAGAAGCAGAACCAGGUGCAAAGUGUGCCGGAGCCCCACAGCCAUCAGAGAAAGUGGAGCCACCCUCAGCACCGCUCUGUCGGCGUCCUGCCUCAGCCAGAACCCGAGGAGGAGACCAAGCCCUUCAUCCUGGAUUUGAAGAACUUCCCAGACCUGGCGAACGCUGAUUUGAACUCCCAAAACCCCAACAUACAGGUCACCAUUGAGGUGGUGGAUGACCCUCAGAUGGAGGUCGAGAUGGACCUGGCCAAGGACAACGACUGGAUAUCGUCAUCUUCCUCCUCUCCCUCUUCCUCAGUCGACUGGCUGGGAGGGAAGAAGCUUUUCUGGCCUCUUUUCUGGAGUUACACCGACUCUGGCGAGGACAGCAACAGCCGACCAACCUUAGAGGAAACCGGUGAAGAAGAGGAGGAUGAUUAUUCUCUCUACGGCAGCGAGGAGCCCUCUCUCAGUGGUGUUGGUGGGGAUUGGGGAAAUUACUGGAACGAAGGCUGGGAUCCGGUUCAGACCUACUAUGCAGAGAAGGAGACUGACGAGUGGACUCCGUGGUCUCCUUGUUCGGUCACAUGCGGACCUGGCGAGAGGAAGAGGACCAAGUCGUGCGGCUACUCUUGCACUCUGACGGAAGCCUCCAAGUGUGACCUGGAACCUUGUCCCGGUGAAGUCAACACCGUGGUCGAGCCGUUCCCUUUCGACAUGGAGAACGGCACCGAGCCGUUUGGAACGGAUGCGGACAGCUGUGAAAAGUGGCUGAACUGCAAGAGCGACUUUCUCCAGAGGUACCUCCGCCAGGCGUUCCUGGAGCUGCCCAGCUGCCCCUGCUCCUUCCCCUCUGAGGUGGCGUACACGGUGGUCAGCGUCCACGACGACUCUCGCGGACGGACGUUCCGAUGGCGCGACGCCAGCGGCCCCAAGGAGCGCCUGGACAUCUACAAGCCCUCGGCCCGCGGCUGCAUCCGCUCGGCGCUCUCCGGCGACUCGUCCACGUUGGCGGCGCAGCACUGCUGCUACGACGACCGCGGGCGCCUCAUCACCAGGGGCAAAGGCGCCGGCAUGCCCAACUUGAUCAGCACCGAGUUCUCGCCGGAGCUGAACUUCAAAGUGGACGUGCUGCCUUGGAUCCUAUGUAAGGGAGACUGGAGCCGCUUCCAUGCCGUGCGGCCGCCCAAUAACGGACUCAAGUGUCCGGAGAACCCACACGAAGAUGUCUUCAUGAAUGAGUUGGAGGAGGCCCGGGAGUACUGAUGGACUGCAGCCAAAAUGACGGCCUACCUUGAAACAUCACGUACCGUGUGUCCCACGCAUGCCGCAUAACCAUUGUCAUGUAUUACCAAGAGAAUACCUUCCCCAAUCUCCUCACGACAGGCUCCUUUGAAGGAAGAAAAAUUGGACCACCUUAUACGCGGUUGUCCACUUGCUAGCGUCUGUCAUGGUGUUGAAGGACGACAAGAUCCUGAUUGUGCUCUGCGUAGUCUUGGCACAAGGGGACGAAGACGUACAGAUUGGUUUGACUCACAACAAUGCUGCUACACUCUUAAUUCAAUACAUACAGUGUGGGUAUGUAUGUAUGUAUGUAUGUAUGUAUAUAUAUACAUACACACACAAAUAGACAGUCCUAUUUUCAAAUCACUUGGAGCUGAGCUCAAAAGCUGUGCUUGUGUGAAUGGUGGUGGUCAGAUUAUUAUUUUUCUUGGAUUCAGCCACUUUGUCACGGUGAUCAAUUUAUUUUAAGAGCCAGGAAAAAAAAAAGAUGAGGUGGGUGCCAAAGAGUUGAAAAGCACUGUUUGAUGCCUGUGUACAUCCGACCUCCUUCGUCUCUCUCUCUCUCUCUGCUGCGUGUGUAUGAAACAAAGCUCCCAAGCUUCGAUUGUGUUUGCGUCUCUACCGCAGGGGUCACCAAUUCCAGUCCUCGAACGGCCCAUAGCCUGCGGGUUUGAGAUAUUUCCCCUCCUCCAGCACACCUGAUUUCAAAAGAUGGCAUCCAAAACGUGCAGGAUGGGUCUCGGCGAGGACCGGAGUUGGCGGCCCCUGCUCGACCACGUUCUCAGGGGGACUCCAAAAGUAAGUGCCAUGAAAAAAAUGUCGUCCGUUUACCUCGACAGUUGGACUUGGUAAGAAGCCGGCGGUAUCAGGCAUGGGUCAUCCAGAUCAGAAGACGCUUUUCGUUCGGAUGUGCGCUCAAUUGCGGUGAUCAGACAGAAAGGACGUUCCUGUUCCUGCUCAAACACACACACACACACACUCUCGGUUGCUCAAUGUUCCUUUCUAUCUGAUCUACUUCUUUCUGUGGAUGCUGGCUCCAAAUCCCCUUUUUUUUUCUUCAGGAACUGAUCUGAAAUGGAAGGCACUUUAUUUAAGGUCUGUACUGUAUAUAGAAAUGCAAAAGAUUUAUUGAUGAACGGAUGUUGCAAAGAUGGCCCGAUCAAGUGUCAAUAUGGACAAAAGCAUGAUCAUUUUUGUGGUUUCUGAAUCUAGUUUGACAUCGAUGGUCUUGUACAGUAUUUAUUUGUCUGAUCGCUCUGUUUCUUUUUAUUUUUAAGCUAUCAAACAUGGUGCACGUGUUGGACUGACAUGAAGGCACCACAUUCAAAAAAAAAAAAAA